AUGGAGCAUUUGGCAAGACUCUGUGCUGGUGUUUCCAACGCCUACCGCGCCGCCGGAACUUUUGGGCCCCGGCACACCACCAGGGCCGCCGCCAACGACUUCAACGCCUACUACACCACCGGAAGCCUUCUUCAGGUCUAUGCCGACUGGCAUGCGACUGAUUCCUGGCGAUUGGUGGCCGGCGUCUCCAGCGAGUCCGGGAGCUUCCCGCUUACUGUCAACAUGGUGACUGUGUCUCCUGAUGCCAUCCAUUUGCACAAUGCCGUGGCCGCCACACAGGGCCUCUUCUUGAGGGAACUCCCUACGCAUGUCUGCGUUGGUCCGAUGCCGCCAGGAGCUUUGUUAGCCACGGGCCUUCCCCUUAAAGACCCGCGCUCUCCUAACAUCAAGCACUUCGUCGACCUUGUGGUGAACAUUCCCAAGAACACCAUCGACAUUGAAGGUCUCCAUCCGAUCUUCGGAGAUCAAACCUGGGAAGAAUUGCCCGAGGUGAUGAAGCCGAAGGUGCGCCCCACCAUCCAGACUGUCAACCAAUACUUCCUGUUGCCUCAAGGUGAUGACCACUUCAUCUUGCUCAAGCAUGUCUAUAUCGUCGACGACAAUGUGCCGGGUACUUAUGUUCAAUCCCUUAUCCGGGGCUCAGGCAAGGAAAUCGCAUGGGGCAGUCAAAACAAAAAGCUCGUGAGGAAAACUUUCCAGUGGAUGCUUGAACAAUUGGGUGGCUUGCAGUUCAGAAAGCACAGCUUAUCUCCAGAAAAGAAAAACCCUACAUCCAACGCCCCUUUGCCAGAAAAUGAUGGGUGGCAAUUCAUUCAAGACCACGGAGAACUAGACAAGAGUGAUUUGAAGCAGCUGAAGUGGAUUCAUCACCACAUCAACUUGGAAGGCUGUCGCAUUCAUGGUUGGUACGACCUCACCAUUGGCGACUUCGAGCCUGAGAUGAGGGACAUCAUGCAGAAGGUGGUUCCUUGUCUUCGGGUUCAUGCGCUUUGGCUGUUAGGCGAAGCAGGCAGAGGAAAGACCCCCCUUGGCCGUACUAUUGCCAUGAUGUUCUCCAGUUACCAUGGAGGUGAAGGAACUUUUCGUACCACUGCUGACUUGGACUUCUUCAAGGGCAUCCACUUCAGCAAGACAGUCCCUUCCCUGUUUGACGAUGGCAAUACCAGUGGAGAGGAGGUGAAGCAAAGCAAGGCUUUCACGGAUGUAGGAGAUGAUGAGUCCAUGACACGGGCUCGUUGGACCAGUGCAAAGUUCGUCCGUCAUCAACUUCGGGAAGUGUUCGACAACGCUUACAAUCCGGAUGCUGGGCCAGCUGACAACAACCUGGACUCCGAUCUCGUCGUGUCGCAUGAAGACUUCUUUCUGACGAUCCGGCCUGCGCUGGGCACCAUGUCCCGCACAGACGCUAUGGCCAUUCUCAAGCGCAGCGCUUUCAUCGUCUUUGGGAAGAAUCACAUCACUUUCCGACUUCCUUCAGAACGGGAAACCAAAGCCUACCGCAUUCGAUGGAACAAACCCGACAUCCUCCUGGACACCUCCAAGCCGAAGCUCAAGAACUUCAAGGAAGGUGGCGCGGCUCCUGAACACUAUGAGCAGCAUUGCGCUUGGGAAGCAGUGUGGCUCCAGGAGGCUAUUGGCCAUGCUGCAGAAAUUGAAAAGGCAGAAAAGAAAACCAAGGAGACAGCAAUGCACAGCAUCCCCUUCGUGAAGUACCACGACGGGCAUGCCUCCCUUGCUCGUGAAACCCGAAGGGACCCAGUGGAUGUCGACACAGAUCGCGCCAGCAUGGGAUGGACCAACUGGGACCUUGCAGUGGAUGAAGGAGUCAGAGUGAAAGAAGAGAAGGCCGUUUUCAAGGCUCUGCGCACCCCUCCUCGCCAUGUCAUUGAAGUGGAUACACCUUCGCCUGCCCAGAAGAAACGGAAGUCCAACCUGCUGUCUUCAACUAUCCUGUCUCUUGUGCCAAACCCCAGCAAUGCCACACUGGGCCUUUCGCAUCCGGAUGACGAGGACACCUUGGAGCGUGCGCUGGAGGCGGAGAUGGACCUUUCCUACCCUGGCUUCCCGGAGAGAAUUUUGAUCGUGCGGUGCGCAUUCUUAGAUCUGUUGCUUGAGAUGGCCAGCAUCGACAUUUUAUCUGCAGCCAAAAAAGCUUACUGA